AUGGGCGGGCAAUUCAGCAAAAUGAUGGGCAAAAUCUUCGGAUCCAAGGAGAUGCGGCUGCUGAUGUUGGGUCUGGACGCAGCAGGCAAGACGACAAUCCUGUACAAGCUCAAGCUGGGGCAGGACGUGACGACGAUCCCAACGGUUGGUUUCAACGUCGAGACGGUGACCUACAAAAACGUGAAGUUCAAUGUGUGGGAUGUGGGCGGCCAGGACAAGAUCCGGCCGCUGUGGCGGCACUACUUCUCGGGCACGCAAGGGCUCAUCUUCGUCAUCGACUCGAGCGACCGUGCGCGUAUCGACGAGGCCCGCCAGGAGCUACACCGCAUCAUCAACGAUCGCGAGAUGAAGGAUAGCUUGCUGUUGGUGUUUGCUAACAAGCAGGAUAUCAAGGAGGGUGAGUACUCGAUUCCCCAGUCGAUGAAACCCCAAGAAGUAACCGAAGCCCUGCAGCUGUCCAAGCUGAAAGACAAGGUGUGGUACGUCGUACCGUCAUGCGCAACGACGGGUGAGGGGUUGCUCGAAGGCCUGGCCUGGCUGUCUAACAACGUCAAGGCGCCGCCAACCCCCGCUAAGAAGUAG